AUGGAUCUAUCAAUUGAGAGAAACCCUGUGAUCAAGUUCCGACUUCACAUCAUAAUUGGUGCCCUGGCUUUUCUUGUCUUCGUUCUGAUCAUCGCACGCGUUGCGAACCACGGAACACCGAAGACAAGAACUAAUGUUUGGGGAAUCGCUGUGUGCCUCAAAUCCGCCGUUUUCAUGACCUACCAAAUAUUGACGACUCACAUGGACCGACUCAAACGUUGGGCAAGCACAAAAGCGUACAUGAUCUUGAAUAUUAUUGAUACUGUCUUUUGGUUUGCUCUCUUUAUCAUCACCAUCAUGGGGACUACAGGUUCUACUAACGGGAGUAGUCGGGCGUUGGGUGAUGUGAUGAGCUCCUCAUUAACCUUAAAUUCAUGCAGUGGUUUUGCUGGAUUGUUGGCUUUUGUUUCCAUUCGCGACAGACGAUUCUACAAAGCGAAUGGAGUCCUUCCUGGACCUAGGACACUCAAAACUUCAGCUCCUAUGUCUUGUUGA